CAUCCACGGGUCCGGGUGGAAUCUUUCCGGAUCGUGCCGAGCUUCAAGCUUUGGUGCGCUUUGGCGCCGACCCAUUACCUACAAUUCUCAACCCAAGCAGUCUCCAAAAUCGCAUGAGGAAGAUACAUCAUAUAUCGGUAUUCAUAUUGUCAUAGCAGACGGGCGCGUGGCUAUCUCUGCUAGCUAAUAUGGCUCGCAAAAGCCCUCCCGAGAAUAAUGAUGUUUUCGAAGAUCUUCUAAAGUCCGAGACUGCAUCGGUAGAACAGAGAGCGGCAGCAGAACGAGCCCAUGCUCAUGAUGCCCAAUCCGAGCAAAGGGCCAUCGAAUUGCUAUUGCAAAAUCAAACACUUCCCGUCACCCUCUCCUCUAUCGAGAUCAAUGGCGCCAGGCAUACGCGCGAUUCAUUCCUCGCUCCCCUAUUUCAGCCUCUCCUAAACGACAGCCUCAAUGCCGACUACACUCUUGCCGAUAUGCUAGAUCAAGUGAGUAGAGCAGUCCAAAAAUUGCAGAAAUUCGAUAUUUUCCACCCCAACAUCCUCUUCCACUUGUCUCGACCGCCCCAUCUCGACCCGUCUUCCACUCCAACAGACCUCGAUAUUUCUCUUCGUGUGCGCGAAAAGUCUCGACUCCUCCUCAAGACCGGUACCGACCUGGGCAACACAGAAGGCUCCGCGUAUGGAUCUAUGUUAUGGAGGAACAUAUUCGGAGGUGCCGAAUCCUUGUCGCUAAAUGCAUCUGCCGGUACGAGAACACGUUCGGCGUACAGUGCCGAAUUCUCUACCCCGAUACAAAGCAAUCCCAAUUUGCGCCUUAGUAUUGAGGGACUCGCUAGUAGUACGCAGAAGCCAUGGGCGAGUCAUGAGGAAGUUCUAAAAGGCGGAGGCAUCAAGCUGCACUGGCUGAAGGACAAUGGUGAUCGACAUCAGCUUGGUUACUCCGGUGCCUGGAGGCAAUUAACGGGCCUUGCGGCAGAAGCGAGUCCUACUGUUCGAGGCGAUGCGGGAGACUCUGCUAAGAGCGCUAUAUCUUACCUUUUCCAGCGAGAACGGAGAGAUAACCCUAUGUUACCACAAAGCGGAUACCUUGUCAAGACGGCCACGGAGCUUGCUGGGUGGGGAUCCCUAGGUGGAGAUGUCGGUUUCUCCAAGAGCGAGUUGGAGGUUGCCGGCGCAGUACCCAUCCCUAUACCCGGGAUUCGUGGACCCUCUGGCGUAUCCAUCGGCGGUGGCUUCCGAGCGGGUUUACUUUACCCUCUUCCUUUAACGCACAGCUUCGGCGGUGCGUCGCCGAGUCGGAUCAACGAUCGAUUCACCCUCGGAGGACCGACAGACGUGCGGGGUUUCUCUCUAGGUGGUCUCGGUCCUAGAGAUGGCAACGAUACUCUUGGCGGUGAUAUUUUUGCGGCGGGGAGUGUAAACAUGCUUAUCCCUCUACCCCGGGUCGGACCUGAGUCUCCAUUCCGGCUGCAGCUUUUUGCCAACGGCGGCAGGCUGGUAGCGAUGAAGAACAGAUCCGGCGAUAGCGAUAAGACGACCAACCAGCGCCUAAGCGCCGGCACGGUAUUCGACGGCAUGGUUUCCGCAACCAAAGACCUCAGCACCGGACUACCUAGUAUUGCCGCUGGUGUAGGGCUCGUAUAUGCACACCCAGUCGCAAGAUUUGAGCUAAAUUUCAGCUUGCCGUUAGUCAUGAGGAAGGGAGAAGAAGGCCGGAAAGGACUACAAGUCGGUGUUGGAAUUAAUUUCCUAUAAUUCGACGGCAUUAUUCACGGACGGUAUGGACAAGAGGGUAUUUAAUGUAAAUAUCUACUAUUCUCCUCCCUAUGUAAAUAAUUUCACCGCAUCACUCGAUAUCUACUGUCCGAGCAUCCUCCCCGAAACUAAAAUAGACGAAAGAAUAGAAAUUUUAUACGAUGCUUCUCGUGUAGCUUUAAAGUAUUUGGCUCGAGCAGAACGAUGUGCCUCUAAUAUUUAAAAAGUAAACCAAUACCCUAGGGUUUAGAGAAUGCUACAUGAAAAGUCUACCAGCAAAUUGAUAUUUUGACUUCCUGCUAUCGUGCACACCUGUAAAACUCUCUUUAUUAGUUAAAUGAUAAAAC